AUGUCGAGCGACGACGGCCAGAUGGCCGGUCCUCCGCCGGCGCUCGUCGUCGACUGGGCCGACCUGCCCACUGAUCUCCUGGCACGCGUGUGCGAGCUCCUCAGCGCCGUCCCCGGCCGCAUAUGCUUCCGCGCCGUGUGCCACUCGUGGAAGGCAGCCGCCGACGACCUCCAGGACCAACGCGCGGCGCCGAGGAUGCCGCCGCCGUGGGUGGUCAUCCCCCACGGCUCCGGCUGCACCGACGCCUUCACGCUCCUCUCCGUCCCGACCAUGCAGGCCUUCCGCUGGACGCCGCCGGGGGGAGCGGGGCUCCGCUGCGUCGGCGCCAGCGGCGGGUGGAUCGCCGGCGCGUACAUCGACGGCGACUACGCCAUCCGGUUCUCGCUGCUGAACCCGCUCACGGGCGCGCGCGUCGACGUGCCGGCCGCCUUGGGCUGGGCCCGCGUGCCAGCGUGCUACGGUAGCCAGGAGGAGGAGAUCUCGCUGUGCAACACUGUCCACAAGGUGGCCUUCUCGCCCAGCCCCACCGAGCACGACUUCGCCGUCGCGGUAGUGACCCGCACCCACCGCCCGGCCGGCGGCAAAGCCGUAGUGUUCACCAGGGCCGCCUGCGGCGGCUGGUGCGCACUCGCCGGUCUCGGCUGCUUGGAACCCGGCGGCCACUACAAGAGGCGCGUGCUGGACGUCGCGUACCACGGCGGCAAGUUCUACUACAUGACCAUGCGCGGCGACGUGUGGGUGAUCGACAUGGCCGCGCCGUCCCCCUCGCCGGCGCCGCUCGCCACGUUCGCCGCGCCCACGAUGCCUCCCGGCCUCGUCUACGGCCGCAAACACCUCGCCUUCGCCGGGGACGGCGCGCUCCACGUGGUGUGCAGCUUGAUCGAGCGGUGCUACUCCACGCCGCCUGCCGUGCACAUGCUCGUGCAACGUUACGACCCGAGCUGCGCGGAGCAAGGGUCAUCGUCGUCGCCGUGGGCUCAGGCGACCUGCCUGCGCGGCUAUUCCUUCCUCAUCGGCGACCUAAACCAGACGCUGUCCGUUCGCGUGGACGGCGACGACGGAGCAUGGCUGAGGCCUGACUCCGUGUACUUCACCAACAUCCCGCUCUGCUCUCUUUUCGCAGAAUCAACGCGGUGCAGCGAAGGCGGCGCAUGGGUAUUCAACUUGGCCACCGGCGACAUUAGGCGGCCGACGACGGGGGAGGGCAGGUGCAGGAAUUACGAGGCGGAGGGGGACUGGGGUUUGGAAUCUAACAAGUGCGUUUGGAUUAUGCCUUCCAUGCGAUGA